AUGGCGACGCAAAGACGAGUUCUUGCUAACAAGGAUGCCCAAUCAGCGGCUGUCCCUCAAGCGCCAUGGGCCGUUGCACGUCCAUCACUGAGGGAUCCUUCCCGUCGACUUCCACAGGCGAUUGCUCAUCGCGGCGCAAAGGUCAACUGGCCGGAAAACACAAUGGCCGCCUUCCGAGGUGCAGUUACAGCCGGGGCGCAUGCUAUAGAGACAGAUGUGCAUCUAUCUUCUGAUGGUAUAGCUGUUAUAUCACAUGAUCCAUCGCUGAAGCGUUGCUUCGGGGUAGACGCACGUAUUGCAGAAUGCUCGUGGGAAUAUCUCAGCACUCUACGUACAGUAGCCGAGCCCCAUGAGCCUAUGCCGCGGCUUAAAGACUUCCUUGAAUGGUUGGCCGUGCCCGAAUUAGAAAAGAUCUGGGUUGUUCUGGAUAUCAAGCUCAAUGAUAACCCUGCAGACCUAAUGGCGGCUAUUGCAAAAACAUUAGAUAGCGUCCAGGGGCCGGUGUCAUGGGAUCAGCGUAUUGUACUUGGAUGUUGGAACGCUUCCUUCUUGCAGGCCGCACGUAGUCAACUCCCGACCUAUCCUCUAGCUCAUAUCAGCGCCUCUCUCCUGUACUCACAUCACUUCCUUAAAAUCCCGAACCUCGGGUUCAAUCUCAACCAAAAUACCCUUGUUGGUCCCUCGGGCAAGCUAUUCUUACGAGGGCUCCAACGAACUGACAAGCUUCUCAUGACAUGGACCGUCAACCAACCUCGUCGUAUGGAAUGGUGCCUCCGUCAGAAUCUAGGUCACCCAAGGCUUCCUAAUAGGAAUGUACAAGGGCCGCCACUAAUCGACGGUGUGAUCACUGAUGAUCCACGUUUGUAUCUCGAGGUAUGCCAAAAGUUUGAGGAUGAGAUGGAUGGCAAGCUCGUCAGGUCCAACCUGCCAUUGGCUCAAAAGGUCAAAAACAAGGCCGAAACCGUCGCCUUUGUGCUAGUCACCCAAGCACUGAUGAUUGUCUACCAUGUUGUGAGGAGAAUGCAAGGCAAAUUUGAUUUUCUUAAAGACCGUCGGACGCUGGAUAAGCAGUAG